UGGAAACACGUAUUCUUCCUCUCAUUACAUAAGCAAAUCCACCUUUAUGGAACAGUUGGGGUUUAUUGCAGUAAACAAUGGAGUGGUUGCAUUUCUUACGUACGUUGAUAAGGCUUCCUAAAGAAUCUGUGUCAUGAGUUUUUUUAUCACCUUUUCCCUUAACUCAGAGGCCUGUUGAAGUUUUUCCAUUGAAAAAAAAGCAACAUGGGCAGUGAUUUUUUCCAUGGAUUCAAGAGGCAAGCUUCCUUGUUCUUGACAGAGAAGAUAAAAACUGCCCGAUUGGCGCUGACGGAUGUCACUCCUGCAGAGCUAAUGACAGAAGAAGCCACAAAUGGACAUGCAUGGCCACAGGACACACGUACCAUGGGAGUAAUUUCUCGGGCUGCCUUUGAAGUCGAUGAUUAUUGGAGAAUUGUGGAGAUUCUACACAAGAGGUUGUUGAAAUUUGAUAGAAAGAAUUGGCGGGUUUCUUACAAUGCUCUAGUUCUAUUGGAACAUCUUCUAACCCAUGGACCACGUAGAGUUGCGGAGGAGUUUCAGUGCGAUAAACAAGUUAUCAAGGAGAUUGGAAGAUUUCAGUAUAUCGACGAGAGAGGUUUCAACUGGGGCUCGAGUGUCACCAACUCAUCUGAGAGGGUGUUGAAGCUUCUGGAAAGUGAGCCAUUUCUCAAGGAAGAGAGGGCUAGAACUCGAAAGCUAACACAUGGGAUUGAAGGGUUUGGGAGCUUCGGCCUCCGGUUCUCUUCAACAGAUGCAGCCUUGAAAAACUCGUCUCUCAAAAUAUAUGGGAAAUGUAAUUCUCACUGUAACGAAAAUUCCUCCAUCAAGGAAGGGACUAGAAGAGCACAAGAAACUCAUCGGUAUAUCAACUCAGUGCUGAAAGAGCCGGAAAAUGAUUCAGGCUCCCGGCAAGGAUACGCCGGAGAUCAAGAUCAUCCAUUUUGUGACGAUGCAAAUCAGUCUAUAGCAUCGCUGCUAUCAGACUAGCUUUAAGUGUCCUCUUUUUUUCUAACAGUUAACAUCCUCAGUUUUUAGUUUUUACUGUUACACAGCAGCUCUUUUAUAAGACGUUUUUUUUUUUUUUUUUUUAAUGUAGCUCUUUUAUAAGAUGUUAACUGAUACCUAUUCUUAAAGCGUGUAAUUCUCUUGUGCAUUAGAUCUCGAUGUAUUUUGCAUUUGGCCAGUGGAAAAAG